AUGACCACCAACGAAAAACCAACGGUUCUUAUUGUCGGAGCGGGCCUGGGAGGUCUUUUGCUCGGAGUUCUCCUCGAAAAGUCGGGUGUUCCUUACACCAUUUUUGAGCGAGCCGCCACCGUCAAGCCAUUGGGUUCUGCUUUGGCCGUCGGCCCUACUCUUCUCCCUGUCUUCCAGCAAAUCGGGAUCUAUGAUGACAUCGUCGCCGCUGGCAAGUAUCUGACCCACACGACGGGCUACAAGGAGUCACUGGAAGUCAUGAAAGCGACCGACUACAGGCCAGUCAAGGAGUUCACCGGCUAUGGAAACUACAUUAUUGCUCGUCCUGCGUUCUAUGACAUCAUGCUCAGGCAGGUCCCAGCCCACAAGAUCCAUUUUGGUCAUCGCGUUCUGAACAUCUCUGAGGAGGAUGGCAAGGUUACCGUUCACCUCUCCAACAACCAAACCUACGAGGGCGAUAUCAUUGUUGGCGCAGACGGAGCCUACAGCGCAGUUCGUCAGCGCAUGUACGAACAAUUGAGAGCUAAGAACCUUCUUCCAAAAGAGGAUCAGGAGGACCUUCCCUUCAGCUGCACUUGUUUGGUCGGACAGACCAAAGUCCUCGAUCCGGAAGAGUUCCCUAUUGUCAAGGAAGUACACUGUCAGUUCCGCGCAUUUCUUGGAGAAGACAAGCCAUACACUUGGGGGUUCAUGACGACAGCCAGUGGAACAUUGACCUGGAGCGUCAUCCAUCAUUUGAACGAAACAACAAGCAAAGCGGCCAUGGAACAACGGUUUAUGAACAACGACAACGCAGAAUGGGGCAACCACGCCGCUGCGGCCAUGUGUGAUGAGACUCGGGAUUUCCCUCUCCAACUCGACGAUGGGAAGAAACGCACAAUGGGUGACCUCUACGACUUGACCAACAAAGAUUAUAUCUCCAAGGUCAUGCUGGAGGAUAAGGUCUUCACGACUUGGCACCAUGGCCGAUAUGUCCUGAUGGGAGAUGGUGCAGUGACAGCGAUGCACGAUGCUAUCGCGCUCGCCAACUUACUCUACGCCAUGCCUACUGCUACAUCGAGCGACAUUACCAGGAUCUUUGAAGAGUACCAGGAGGAGCGAUACCCUGCUGUCAUGGUAUCCUACAAGAACAGCCAGCUCAUGGGAAAGAGACUGGACAAAGGAAUCACAGGGGCCAUUUUCCUGUUCCUCCUCACACAUUUACCUAUGUGGCUCUGGAGGAUCGUGCUAUCAAAGACAGUUCAACACCGACCUCAAAUUGGGUUCUUGGAGGCUGUUCCUUAUAUGGGUACAGUAGCCCCCACCGUGUCCCCCAGCGAACAAAAGGCCAGAGCGGCUUUUGAGAAGCAACAGCCGGCCGCCUCCGUCUAA